GUGAAUGUUAUGAUCCUAGGCUGACGCUGACGUCAAUUGAUCUCUGAAACGCCCCUCGAGUACGAAGAAUGUUGUCGGCGUGACGUAUCUCUUGUGACACUACUUUCACGGGACCUCCAAGAUGUUAGGUGGUCUAUUCAUAUAUAACCAUAAAGGUGAGGUGCUCAUAUCCCGUGUCUAUCGGGAUGACAUUGGACGAAAUGCAGUGGAUGCAUUCCGUGUUAACGUAAUCCAUGCUCGUCAACAAGUCCGCUCACCGGUCACCAACAUUGCUCGUACAAGUUUUUUCCACAUUAAGCGAGCUAACAUCUGGGUUGCAGCUGUCACCAAGCAAAAUGUCAAUGCUUCACAGGUGUUUGAGUUCCUCAUCAAGAUGCUGGAGGUGAUGAGCAGCUACUUCGGAAAAAUUUCUGAGGAAAACGUCAAGAAUAAUUUUGUUCUUAUUUAUGAACUGCUUGAUGAGAUUCUUGAUUUUGGCUACCCCCAGAACACAGACACAGGUGUCCUCAAGACAUUUAUAACACAGCAGGGUAUUAAGACUGCUACCAAGAAGAGCAGUCCCAAACUUACAUCUCAGAAUGUCUUGUGUAAGUGUGAUGAGGAAUGCCAUGGAUCAGUAGCAAAGGUUUUUGCUGAAUUUUUACAUUAA